CCCCCCUCAGUGCCGGCGUCUGAAUGAGAGAGAAGUCAAGCAGCCAGGAUCACGGGCCAGAGCUGUGGGGAGCGUUGUUGUUAUAUACCGAGGACGGCAGCCUCCUGUGGCCAGUAUCCUUUGCUGAAAAGCAUACCUAGGUGGGCUGAAUGCAUUUCAGGAAGCUAGCUGCUGAUUGGUGGCUGUACAUAUGACUUGUCAUUGGUUCAACCAAUCUGUUCAGCUUCCCAGUAGGACAUUGCUGCUCCUUCAACAAAAGUGAUUAAAUGAUGCUACUGCUGCUUCCAUGGAGAUGAGAUGAUUGUCCUGCUGCGCACAACGAGGAAGGGCUGAGCACUAAUGGUGCGGGGAGGAUGGACCUCAUGAAUGGCCAGUCGAGCAAUACUGCUCAAAAUGCAACGGCUUCCGAGAAAAGCAGCAGCUCAGAGUCUUUAAGUGACAAGGGCUCGUCUGAGCUGAAGAAAAGCUUUGAUGCAGUUGUGUUUGACGUUCUGAUGGUUACCCCAGAAGAAUAUGCUGGUCAGAUAACACUAAUGGAUGACCCCGUUUUUAAAGCUAUUCAGCCAGAGGAGUUGUCCAGUUGUGGUUGGAAUAAGAAAGAAAAGUACAGCUCUGCUCCGAAUGCAGUCGCCUUCACAAGACGAUUUAACCAAGUGAGUUUUUGGGUUGUCCGAGAGAUCCUACAUGCACAAACACUAAAAAUACGCGCCGAGGUUUUGAGUCAUUACAUUAAAACUGCCAAGAAACUCUACGAACUGAAUAACCUCCAUGCUUUAAUGGCUGUAGUAUCUGGACUUCAGAGUGCGCCGAUCUUCAGACUUACCAAGACCUGGGCUCUUUUAAGUCGCAAAGAUAAGACCACCUUUGAGAAACUGGAGUAUGUAGUUAGUAAAGAAGAUAAUUACAAACGCCUCAGAGAUUACAUAAACAGCCUGAAGAUGACUCCUUGUAUUCCAUACUUAGGUAUUUAUCUCUCAGACCUCACCUACAUUGACUCUGCUUAUCCGUCUACUGGCAGCAUCUUAGAAAAUGAACAGAGAUCGAACUUGAUGAACAACAUUUUGAGAAUAAUCUCAGACUUGCAGCAGUCAUGCGAGUAUGAUAUCCCAUUACUGCCUCAUGUACAGAAAUAUCUAAACUCAGUGCGGUACAUCGAGGAACUCCAGAAAUUUGUAGAGGAUGACAAUUAUAAAUUGUCAUUAAAAAUUGAACCUGGGACUAGCACACCUCGCUCUGCAGCUUCUAGAGAAGAUUUAGCGGGUCCAGAAGUGGGAGUCUCGCCCCAAAGUUCUCGUAAAAGCAUUCCAGUAGAUGGAGUAUUACUACCCCCAACUCCUCCCUCUCCGCGAAAUAUCGUUCAGCAUGGACAUCGAAAAUGUCACAGUUUGGGUUAUAACUUCAUACACAAAAUGAAUUCAGUAGAGUUUAAAAGUGCCACAUUCCCAAAUGCCGGACCUCGACACCUCCUAGACGACAGUGUAAUGGAACCCCACACUCCGUCACGAGGGCAUGCAGAAAGUUCUACUCUUUCUAGUGGAAUAUCUAUAGGAAGCAGCGAUGGGUCAGAACUCAGUGAAGAUAUGUCGUGGCCGGCUUUCGAAAGGAACAGGUUGUACCAUUCUUUGGGUCCAGUGACAAGAGGGACAUGGAAUGGCUACCGAGGCCAAGUGAAGGCCAGCAGAUAUGACUCUUUACAAGUGAUGAGAAGAUCGAGUCCUCGUGGCUGGCAAACGAGCAAUAAUUUAAGGAUUGCUUUGCUUAAGCACAGUUCUUCAGAGUCUACAGAGCUGGCUUUGCAUUUGUGUCCUGGAGCGGUUACAAUUCAAGGGGUUCUGCGUCGGAAAACCUUAUUAAAAGAAGGCAAGAAGCCAACGGUUGCUUCCUGGACCAAAUACUGGGCUGUAUUAUGUGGAACACAGCUGAUUUACUAUACUGCAAAGUGCUUAAAAGCAACAGAUCGAAAACAUUUUAAAUCUAUGUCUACAAAAAGCGUGUCUGUGAUUGGCUGGAUGGUGAUGAUGGCUGAUGACCCUGAGCAUCCCGACAUCUUUUUGUUAACGGACUCUGAAAAAGGAAAUUCUUACAAGUUCCAGGCUGGUAAUCGCAUGAAUGCAAUGCUGUGGUUCAAACAUCUCAGCAAUGCCUGCCAAAGCAACCGACAACAGGCUCCUGCCAACUUGAUGACUUUUGAAUGACACUUCUCAUCUGGAGUAGUUUUAGAGCUAUGGUAGGAAACCAGUUACCUUUUUAUCUAAGCUACAAUAAGAUGGACUUGGCUUGGGGGUGUGCCACAUAUUCCUUAGUAUCCCUGGUCUCAGAAGCAGCACCUUAGAGCAAUGAACAAAAUGGACAUUGUAGCACUGAUUGUGAGGUGGAGAAAAUGGCUGCUCUUCCAGUCAUCAAAUCCGUUAAUACCCCCAAUGCAGGAAAAUGGCCGGAACUUAAGCUGGGAACAGAAUCAGCCAUGGAUCUCAUUUUUUGAGGUUACCUAUGUACAUACCUUUUUUUUUUUUGUAAGCGUUCACUGAACCAAUCUGUGAAAACCACUGCCUUAAUAACAAAGAAUUGUGAGUGAUGAUUUUAACACCAAAUAGUAUGUGUAUGUGUGUGAGUCUGAGUGCAUUCACAGGAGCGUGAACUCAGCCCUCUGUGACUUUGAAUUACCUUUGCUUUUAACUUUUAAAUAACUCACUAUUUUGGGUGGAAUUUUUUGGCUUUUUGUUUUAUUUUUAUUAUAAAUACUUGGAUUUUUUUGACAAAACCAAGCAAAAAAAAAAAGAAAAGAAAAAUUUCAAAAGUGUUACUAUAAGGACAACAUUUAUAAUUAAGUAGAUAUUUGAGAAAUUACAACAAACGUCAUGAAGAGUGUUAAGGUCUUGUAAUAUAAUUACUGGUGUAAGCAAUGGAUUUGGCUUUUGGACAAAACCUUCCUAAAUAAUUGUGGGAAACUGCAAACUGAUAAAAAGCACACAGUGUAUCUUAUCCUGAUGGAAGCUACAAGUAAAACUAUUUAUUUCCCAUAAA